UGCAACGCUAACUGCACGUAUAAUCUGUGGCAAGGAGCACUGGGAGACAGCUAAGAGACAGUGACAAUGUCUUUAAACUGGCGGGCAAUUCCUACUCGACUUGGAGUUUUUAAAGUGAACUGCAAAGGACUGGCAUGCCUCUUGGUCUUCACAGUGAGCGUUUGUGGCAGUGCCCCGGGGAUGUGUCCAACAACCUGCAUCUGUGCCAGCGAUAUCGUAAGCUGCACCAAUAAGAACCUCUCUCGGGUGCCAGGAAAUCUCUAUAAAUGUAUGAAAAGGCUGGAUCUGAGUUAUAACAGAAUUGGGUUUUUGGAGCCUGAAUGGGUCCCAGAGCUGUUUGAGAAACUGAACACUUUAAUAAUCAAUCAUAAUAGCAUUAGCAGCAUUAUCACCGGAAGCUUUUCCACAACCCCGAAUCUGAAGUACCUAGACUUGUCAUCCAACAGCCUGAAGACGCUGGGCAGCCCUGUGUUCCAAGAGCUGAGGGCACUGGAGGUUCUCCUGCUGUACAACAAUCAGAUAACACAGAUAGAGUCUUCAGCCUUCGGAGGAUUGUACAAAUUGCAGAAACUGUACUUAAGCUAUAACUUGCUCUCGCAUUUCCCGCUGGACUUGUACACUGGAAAACAUAAACUGACAGACCUUGUGUUGCUGGACAUUUCCUUUAAUCACAUCCAGUCGAUGCCUAUUCAGCGCCUGAGUUCAGUGCCAGCCAAACAUCUUAGUGGAAUUUACCUUCACGGCAACCCAUUUUAUUGUGACUGUAUGCUGUACUCCAUGCUAAUCUUCUGGUAUCAAAGGCACUUCAGCUCGGUGGCGGACUUCAAAAACGAGUACAGCUGUUUGUUGCGAUCAGACCCAAGAGGUUACAAUAAACUGCCGUUACUGCACGACAACUUUCUGAAUUGCUCUGAAAGCACCGUCAACAGCUCUUUCCAAGCCUUUGGGUUUAUUCACGAUGCCCAGGUUGGUGACAGGCUGAUUGUUCACUGUGACAGCAGAAUCAGCGAUGCGGGCACGCACUUUGUUUGGGUUAGUCCAGACAACAGAUUGCUGGAGCCAGACAGGGAGAUCGACAACUUUAAGGUGUUUCGGAAUGGCAGCCUGGAGAUAACAGAUGCCCAGCUAGAGGACUCAGGGCUGUAUUCCUGCAUCGCAAUAAAUAAGAAAAGACUAUUAAAUGAAACCAUAGAGGUUAGAAUAAAUGUUAGCAAUUUCACAGUGAACAGGUCCCACGCUCAUGAAGCAUUUAAUACAGCUUUUACCACCCUUGCUGCCUGCGUAGCCAGUAUUGUUUUAGUACUGCUGUAUCUCUAUCUGACGCCCUGUCCAUGUCAAUGUAAGGCAAAAAGGAGGAAGAGGAAGCUGAACCAAAGCAGUGCCCACUCAUCCAUACUGAAUUCCACACCGCCGCAAGAGCUGCCAGCCGACGAGAAGAAGGCCAGCACUGGUAAACGGGUGGUUUUCCUGGAACCCGUGCACGAACCAAAACACAGUCAGAAUGGGAAAGUAAAACUCUUUCCUAAUGACAAUAUCAUUGCUGAGAGUAUCUUAAAAACUACUCGAACAAAAUCCGACUCCGAUUCUGUCAACUCUGUGUUCUCAGAUACACCUUUCAUGUCGUCAACCUAGUUUGCUGCCUGUGUUUGUACCGUGCAGUUACAUUUCUGAAUACCUCCUUUGCCUGUAGCAACCGUCAGGAAAAACAAAUAAAAAGAGAAAAAAUGUUUUA